GCAAGAAAAGAACAGGGGUUUCUUGAAAGAAAAAGACUCCUAAAGAACAACUGAAAAGACAAAGAACAAAACCACUGUUUGUUAAACAGAUUUUUUAAAAACCUACAGAAUUACUAUCAUUGAAGCUAAUGAAGGAGGAUUUCAAAGAAAAGUUGUCAAAAACUGUGAAAAUUUGAGAUGAGGGAGAGGAAAACAAAUCUGAAAAUAAACAUUUGGACCUGUAUUUAGAAAGUCAUUGGUGACAUAAGUUGGAGAAUUUCCUGAGUCACUGGAGAAAGAACCCAGAUUGUCACUGAAGGUGAAGGAAAAAUAAAGCCAGGCAGAUGGUCCUUCAAAGAACAUUUUUGUCAUUGCAAAAGGCUAGCUGGCUGCCAGUGUGACCUCACCCUCUCCAGUGCCCCCUACUCGGUGCCAGCUAUGAGUUCCUGCAAUUUCACACAUGCCACCUUUGUACUCAUUGGUAUCCCCGGAUUAGAAGAAGCCCAUUUCUGGAUCGGCUUCCCCCUGCUUUCAAUGUAUGCUGUAGCAGUGUUUGGAAACUGCAUCGUGGUGUUCAUCGUAAGGACGGAGCGCAGCCUGCAUGCUCCCAUGUACCUCUUUCUCUGCAUGUUGGCAGCCAUUGACCUGGCAUUGUCCACAUCCACCAUGCCCAAGAUCCUCGCCCUCUUCUGGUUUGAUUCCCGGGAGAUUACCUAUGAUGCCUGCAUUGCCCAGAUGUUUUUUAUUCAUGCCCUCUCAGCUAUUGAGUCCACCAUCCUGCUGGCCAUGGCCUUUGACCGUUAUAUAGCCAUCUGUCACCCACUACGCCACGCAGCAGUGCUCAACAAUACAGUAACAGCCCAGAUUGGCAUGGUGGCCGUGGUCCGUGGAUCCCUCUUCUUUAUCCCACUGCCUCUGCUCAUCAAGCGGCUGGCCUUCUGCCACUCCAAUGUGCUCUCACACUCCUAUUGCGUGCACCAGGAUAUGAUGAAGUUGGCCUAUGCAGACACAUUGCCCAAUGAGGUCUAUGGUCUUACUGCCAUUCUGCUGGUUAUGGGCGUGGAUGUCCUCUUCAUCUCCUUGUCCUAUUUUCUGAUUAUACGAACAGUUCUACAACUGCCUUCCAAGUCAGAGCGGGCCAAGGCUUUUGGAACCUGUGUGUCACACAUCGGUGUGGUUUUAGCCUUCUAUGUUCCUCUCAUUGGACUCUCAGUGGUUCACCGUUUUGGAAAAGGCCUUGACCCCAUCGUGCAUGUUCUUAUGGGUGAUGUCUAUCUACUUCUGCCUCCUGUGAUCAAUCCCAUCAUCUAUGGUGCCAAGACCAAAAAGAUCAGAACUCGGAUGCUAGCUAUGUUCAAGAUCAGCUGUGACAAGGACCCUCAGGCUGUGGGAAGCAGAAUCCUAUAAACUCAGAUUUGAAGAUGCAGGAGAUUCUCUAGUCUACUUUCCUAGUCUACCACAGGUAUUGUUUGUACAACUGUGAAGAUGCUGAAUGCAUCUUUUCUCA